UUGUUUUCAAAAUCAUGGCAAACAGAGGGAGAUUCAAAAAUAAUUUAAUAACACACGAUUUCGUGUUUGAUGCUGGACUGGGUUUAACAGUAAGAGCAAAAUUAGUUGUAGAAAUCAUCAAGUAUUUAAUGUACCAGAGGCAGCAACUCCCCUUGGCGUUAGACCAACUGAAAAAGAAUAUCAACACUGAUACAGCGAAGGGGCAACAACAGACAGAAGUUAAGGCACGGUUGGACAAACGAACUAACAGACGGGAACUCCAAAACGCCAUUAAGGCUGUCGGUAAUCUCGACCAAAUAUUUGACGAGAUCUCACAGGCGUUCGAAAUUUGUUCCGAAAUCAGAAGCGUUUUGAUACUGUUUGGAACUACUCCGGUUAGCCCAAAGGAGUCGUAUUUACUGACUAUGCCUGUACUGCACCCGGAACAUGACAGCGUUAGUGUAAGGAAUUCGAUUAAGUCACUCUUCCGACAAAUCAUAACGCAGGACGUAUUGGGAGAUGUCAAGACCAUAUCUCCGACAAAUAUGACUGUGAUGGUUAACGCGCCUAAAAAUAGCGGGAUCACGUGGUUUCUUCCCAAACCUCAUUUCAAAGUUCCGGUUCGGGGUAGACGCCAUGUGUUUAACUUGAAUUGCGACUACCCGCAUCCUGUCAAUCACAGCAUUGACUGUGGUAAUGAAACAGCAGAAAUAUCGGGAAUCGAACCGCUGGAAUCUUCUGCUAACGACAUCUCGAUGGUGAAUUUCGCGACUCGACUCUCGUUGUCCGGGGACGAGGAAUCUUUACAGGAUUCUACCAGAAGUCUACUUGAACCGUUUGACUUCUCGCAAUCUGCAAGCGCUACUUCGCUAACCGCUUCAGGCUCGUCUGUUUUAACCUCUAAUGACGUCACUGUCGUCCAAGAGAAAAACCAAUCGAACUCUUCUAUCGAUAUGGUUUGCAAUAAAAGUAACAAUGCUGAAUCCAUCGUGAAGGAUAUUCCCUCAGUGUUUACACCUCAGACCCUUACAAACAUCACAGAGGACAUACUGUCGGCGUAUGUGUGGUUUCAGGCCCCUGUCUUUGUAAAGGGAUACAAGGACAAGAGUUCGAAGUCCUCCAUAUUUAUGUAAUAUAAAUAUUUUUAAAACAUAAACCAUUUUCUUCUUUAAACUUGGUUACAAGGCUCAAAGGUUAAUUUAUUAACGCACAUGCACAUAUGUUUAUUAAAGA